GCAAGCUGCGUGUAACACAGGAUCCUCUCCCUCUAAUCUGUGUAAGUGACCAAUGAGCAGGAUUCAGUCUCCCCUCCCUGAAUCACUGAUCCCUUCAUGGAUAUCUCUCUGAAGUGCGUUGGCAAAGGGACUGCCCCUGCAAGUGACCCUACCUUAGCUCUUUUGAAAAUGGAAAGGGAAGAACACGCUUUAAAGGAAGAUCUCAAGUUUUACUUUAUGAACCCAUGUGACAAAUACAGAGCAAGACACCAGAUCCCAUGGAAACUACUUCUGCAGGUUUUGAAGAUAGUUAUGGUGACUACCCAGCUUGUACUAUUUGGACUGAGCAACCAGCUGGUGGUUUCCUUCAAAGAAGAGAACACAAUGGCUUUUAAACACCUGUUUCUCAAAGGUUAUACUGGCACUGAUGAAGAUGACUACAGCCGCACUGUAUACACUCAGAAAGAUCUCUACGAUAGCAUAUUUUUUGCAAUUGAUCAGUACCGACAGAUAGAGAACAUUUCACUGGGUACCGUUGGUUAUGAUAAAGAUGGCAGAACAAAAGGCUUGAAAAUCUGUAAACAACACUACCAGCGUGGUUCUAUCCAUCCCUUUAAUGAUACAUUUUACAUAGAUCCUACUGUUGAAACAGAUACAAAAAACUGUCAAACUCAGAAAAAGAUCAAUCUAAGGGCCAUCCUUAAAGAAUGGAAUGUGGUUAAGAACACAGAUGCUUAUUUGCAGGACUCACCGAAUCUUUUGAAAAUCCUGAGAGAUUACUCUGAUCUUCAACAGGAUGACAUUCUGGUCACCAUGGAUGUUGACAGCCUCUACACAGUGAUUCCCCACGUGGGUGGGGUGGAGGCUGUCAGGUCCAUGGUGACAGGUAGUAUCGAACUGCUUCCAGCCCUAAUUCAUGUUGGAUACUGGUGUAGAGAGCCUCCACAUCUGCAGUGA